ACAAUCGGCAAUCUGUCUCCUAAUCCUGUCUAAUGGGCAGGUCAGCCCUGGAGGGAAGAAUUGGCUGUAAGAAGUAAGAAAGAACAUAGCAUCUGAUUGUUUUUAAAUUACUUCUUAUGACAUGGUUUGCCAGAAUAAACGAUGUCGUGGAGAUUUUUCCAAUCUGCGUUACCCACUCCAGUCAGCAGAUGGCGACGUGCGUCUUUCAGGUGAUGCUUCUUGCGUGACGUAUAAUCUAGUGGACGGAACUGGAGGCUUCUUCAACAGCGACAAAAAGCUUCUGAUUCAACCAACGCGGUGGUUUCCUGGCGAACAUAAAACCGAACACACUAUUCUUGUGUGUAUUAAUGUCAGUGUUUGCUUGUUAAAUUAAAUGCGCCAAUUUGUUAAAUUGAGAACGUUACUGCACUCGGCUAAUCGCUAAUGCUAGCUAGCUAACAUCACGACCAUGAGCUCACUAAGAAAUAUGGAGAAAGAGAAAGAAGCUCUAGGGCUGAACAUCAUCGUAAAAGAAGAAGAGGAGACUGUCACAUUAGAAGAAGAAGAGGUGGAUAUUACAGUGAAAGAAGAGAAAGAACCUUUUGGAGUAAAAGAGGAAGAAGAUGAGAUAGGUUUCAGAAUCGAAAAGGAGGAAGAUGCCAAAACAUUAAAAGAAGAAAAUGUAGUGAAAGAAGAGAAAGAACCUCUUGGAGUAAAAGAGGAAGAGGAGGCUAUCUCAAUUAAAGAGGAGGAAGACGUUUUGGGAGUGAAAGAGGAGGAGACUGAAGAUCAGAUUACCACCAGAGAGAGACAUGACUAUUGUGGAUCCUCUGGGGAGCCUCAACAACAUCCUGAUGCUGAUGAAGCAGAGAAGAGUCUCUCCAGAUCAGAACACCAGAUGGACAACGCUAGCCCUUCCACCCUCCCGGAGUCCAUGUGUCGUGUCUCUCCUGGUAGCACCUUACUGCUGGGUAUGAAGAGGUUGUCUGUGCUGCUGGUGGAUUGCAGGAAAACAACGGGGCUGAGUGGAACUGUGAGAGGAGGAGAACAGAAGAAAGGAUCGGAUUUGACUCAUCAAAGAGAGAGACAUGACUAUGGUGGAUCCUCUGCGGAGCCUCAACAACAUCCUGAUGCUGACGAGGCAGAGAAGAGUCUCUCCAGAUCAGAACACCAGAUGGACAACGCUAGCCCUUCCUCGCUCCCGCAGUCCCCGUGUCGUUCCUCUCCCGGUAGCACCUUACUGCGAGAGGAGAAGAAGAAGAAAGGAUCAGUUUUGUCUCAUCAAAAAGAGAGACCCGACUCAGAGGAACCAGAGACGUCUGAACCAGUGAGACGACACCACUGUUCCCAGUGUGGAAAGAGUUUUACUAAUUCAUGUAACCUAAAAUCGCAUGAGAGACGACACACAGGAGAUAAGCCUCACCAAUGCUCUCAGUGUGGUAAGAGAUUUAUUGAGUCAACAGAACUGAAAGUUCAUAAGAGAAUACACACAGGGGAAAAACCAUUCCAAUGCUCUCAGUGUGGAAAGACAUUUUCCCAGCCAGGGGACCUGAAAUGACACGAGAGAAUACAC